AUGAUGCGCACCCAAGUUGUCAAGCUCGCCAGAGCUACUCCCUCCGUCCGCCGCUCCUUCGCUUCCUCCGCACUUCGUGCCGCCGAAGGCGAUACUGGUGGCAUGCGGUCCGGUGGCUCUCGAUCAGGAGACGCCUUCAGCAAACGUGAAGCCGCGGAGGAGGGCAGAUGGAUCAAGCAGAAAGAGAAGGAAGCCCUCGAGAAGCUCAAGGAGAAGUUGAAGAUGCAACGCACCCACCUAGAUGAGCUCGAAAAUCACAUCAAAGAGUUGGAGAAGCAGAGUGGAGGCGAAUAG